UAUUUUCGGUGUUCUCGCUUCGCUCCUUCUACUAUCUUUAAUUUUUAUCCAUGGCGGAACCGGAAGCGGAGUCUUUUCGGAUGCUCCGGAACCUGACCCGAAUCGUGAUCCAAAUCUCCACCCUCUCCUCCGCCGCAUCCUUUGUGCCCAUCCUCAAGCCCCAAUGCUGCGACCUCGCUCGCCGAAUAAGGUUCCUCGCUGCCCUCUUCCAGGAACUGCACGACGACAUCGUUUCGAGCCGCGCGGUUCACUUCCUCGCGCUCGAAGACGCGCUCUUCAAGGCCAUGGAACUGCUCCGAUUCGCCACACGCGCCAGCCAGGUCUUCACGAUACUGGAUAGAGAGCAAGUUAUGUUCGGAUUCACUGAUGUUGCUGUUCGGUUUGAACAUGCAUUAAGCAUGAUCUCCUUUGGCGAGCUUGAUGUUUCUGAAGAAAUUAAGGAGCAGGUUGCACUUGUGAUCACUCAGUUUAGAAGAGCCAAAGCGCAGUUUGAUCCGCCUGGUUUUCAGCUUUACGAGCAUCUGUUGUUUGUUUACAACCAGAGCUAUGAUGUGAAUACUGAAACUGCUGAACUACGUGUAAUCUGUGAAAAGCUACAAUUUCUCAAUGUGGAUGACAUCAAGCAAGAGUCACUUGCUCUGCAAAAGAUGGUUGUAGACAAGGGUGGCUAUUCUCAGAAAAACAUACAUGAUAUGUCAUUAGUAGUGCUGAAAAAAAUUCAAGAUUUCUUGGUGAUGGAAUCUGGAAACAAUAUUGUGUCACCAAGUGAGGAUUUCUCUCAUCAUACUGAUGAGCCAUAUCUAAAACUAUGCCCACAAUCACUGGUUAUACCUGAUGAGUUUCGCUGCCCAAUAUCUCUAGAGCUAAUGAAAGAUCCUGUUAUCAUUUGCACAGGGCAGACAUAUGAUCGAUCUUGCAUAAAGAAAUGGCUUGAAGCAGGGCAUAGAACAUGUCCCAUGACUCAACAGAUUCUUUCCACCUCCAUCCUCAUACCCAACCAUGCUUUAUAUGGCCUGAUAUCAAGUUGGUGUGAGGCAAAUGGAGUGGAACCGCCUAAAAGGUCAGGAAAUUUAUGGCUCUGUAAGACAACAUCAGAUGGCUCUUCUGAAUUCAUAGAUCUUGAUAUCUUAGUGAGCAAACUUUCUUCCAAUGAUAUCGAGGAACUUCGAUGUGCAGUAGGUGAGCAUUGUAUCAAAAUCGAACACAUUUCUUCACUUCCUCUGUCUUUCUCUCUCUCUCUCUAACACACACACACACAUACACAAAAAAAACAAUAUUGUGGAAGACAGUUUAGAAUUGUUGGUGAUGCCCAUCAAAUUUUGUUUGGUUAAUUAGUGGUAGAAAUAGGUAUAUGGAAGGAUGAAGGGUUAUUGUUUGUAGUUAUUAAAAGCCUUAACAGCAGGAGGCAUUUGCAAACAAUAUAUUGAUUAUUGUGGUAAUAAUGUGGUUUAAUGGGUAGGAUUGCUAGCUGUUUGGGUUCUGGGAACAGAACUUAUGACAUUAGUAAUUUUUACUUUUUUAGAUUGGUGGGUUUAGGGAAAAUCAGGGUCAAGUCAACUAAAGAUUUGAGGGGACAGUUUUUUGAUGAUGCAAACCAAUGAAAUUUGAUGAAAAUGUGAAGCAGAAGAUAAGAUGAAGAAAAUAAACCAUGACAUCAAAGCUAGACUAAUAGGAUUUGCAUGCAGGAUAAGAGUUUGAAAUAAAUAAUCAAUAGGAUUGCAUUAUGCUGCUAUUCCUUCUCUGGGAAAGAAAGUAUUACUAUGUCUUAAACAGACCUAUAUUUUGUUCUGCCUUAAGUAGAAAUAACUGAAUAAGUCAUAAAUCAUAUUUCUUUUAGGAUUUUGACUAUACUAAUACUUAUUGUUACCAUAAAAUAAUUAUGAUUGGUAUGGUCUUUGCAAUAUUGAGGGCGAGCCCUGGUGCAGCGGUAAAGUUGUGCCUUGGUGACUUGUUGGUCAUGGGUUCGAAUCCGGAAACAGCCUCUUUGCAUAUGCAAGGGUAAGACUGCGUACAACAUCCCUCCCCCAUACCUUCGCAUAGCGAAGAGCCUCUGGGCAAUGGGGUACGAAGUUUUUUAUGGUCUUUGCAAUAUUACAAUCACCCCUCGCUCAAAUCUAAGCCAAAACAUUAAGCUGAUUUGAUCUUAAAGGCUCAUGCUUUCCUGUGUUCAGUAAUCCUCUGAGCACUGGACAAAACUUUGGUACUGUGAAAUUACUGCUGCUGUAAAGUGUAGUAUUAAAAAUAAUCCUCAUAUUUCAAAAGUUCUACUAAAAUGACAAAAGGUAAAUGAAGGAUAAAGAAAUACUGGGCUAUAAUACAAAACUUUGGCUUUUGUUUUCUUAGUCCUAGCUUCCUUAUUUUUCCUGUGGUUUUAACACUUCUACAAACUACAAAGGACAAUGUUUUCUUUUCUUUUUUUCUUGUGUGUGCAUGCAGGGAUUAUUUUAUUUAAAAACAAUUUAUUUUCUGCUUUUGUUCAUAAGCAUGAUUUAAUGUUAGAUUGUACCAUUCUCAAAAUUGCUAAGCUUUUCUCCAUAGUUCCAAGUAUGAUGGCACCUACAACUGGUGGCCUGGUGAACUCCAUUGUGGGUUUAAUGCAGAGACAGGUUCAAAUGUUUCUCUGUUUUCAAAGAAAUUUCACUUUGCUUGUUGACAUCUUUUUAGUUUGAGAACAAUGCUUGUUUAGGGAUCUCUCAAAUCACCAGCCUUGUAUUUCCUUUGGAUUAUAUACAUUGCCUUUAUCCUCAUUUUAAUGCAGGGGAGCUCUGACUUCUUGCCAAGCAAAAUAGUCAAAAUCGAAUGCUGAUUGCUGAAGCGGGUGCUAUACCCCACCUUGUUGAUCUCCUCUAUGCACCUGAUGCUGGCACCCAAGAGCAUGUAGUUACUGCUCUCCUGAACUUGUCUAUCAAUGUGGAUAAUAAAGAGCGCAUCAUGGCUUCAGAGGCUGUGCCAGGCAUCCUUCAUGUGCUAGAAAAUGGUAGUAUGGAAGCUCAGGAAAAUGCAGCAGCCACCUUUUUCAGCCUCUCUGGGGUGGAUGAGAACAGAGUGGCAAUUGGUGCGUCUGGAGCAAUCCCAGCAUUAGUUACUCUAUUUUGUGAGGGAAGUCAAAGAGGGAAGGUGGAUGCCGCAAAAGCACUAUUCAAUCUGUGUUUAUCCCAAGGGAACAAAGGACAAGCAAUUAGGGCUGGUAUUGUCCCUAAGUUGAUAGAAAUGCUAACAGAACCUGAUGGGGAUAUGAGGGAUGAGGCAAUGACAAUAAUGGCUGUAGUGGCUAACCAUUCUGAUGGACAAGCAGCAAUUGGAUCUAUGAAUGUUGUAUCCACUUUGGUGGAAUUAGUCAGUAACAGAUCUCCUGGGAACAAAGAGAAUGCAACUUCAGUGUUGCUUCUCCUAUGUAAUGGAGACCCUUUUUAUUUGUCCAUUGUCAGUUCACUUGGGUUGGUCAAUCCUCUCUUGGACCUGGCAGGAAAUGGUUCAGAAGGGCCAAGCGGAAAGCUUCCCAGCUUCUAGAGUUGAUAGGAAACCAUUGAGACUAUACUUGGAAAACUGCCAGCUAGAUUUUAGGUGCAUCUGUUGCUAUUUUAUGUUACAGCAGAUGGCAAAGAUAGUGAUUGUAGAUGUGAUUUAUACAAUAGGUUACUAUAAUAUAGGAUCCCCAAUAUUUCCUUUUCAUUUUUUAGUUUAAAGGAAAUUUCCAUUUUACUCUACCAAUCAAUCAUUUAGUUGAAUUGAAUCACUUGUGCUGUAGAGCUUGUAGGAAGGGUUAAGGUGGCUGUUAAACACAUAGUAGAAAUACAGAUAUUUGUAAUCAGAAGAAAAAAUUGUAAACUUCUUCAUCCCAAACUCCUACUGACUUAAUGGCAUUUUGUUUUUUUGAAAUGAAAUGUCUUCAACAGUUGUUUAAGCCUAA